AUGCCUUCCUUCACCACAGUUGCUCUGGUAGCAGCUCUGACUCGAUUGGUCUCAGCCCAUCCCCACCACAUGAACGCGAACGUCAAGAGAGACAACACUCUUGCUGUUGAACUCUCCGACGCAGGCGCUGCUGGUGUUGGUAUGAAGGUCACCAACAUUGGUAGUGAGCCUCUCAAUCUACUCACAUAUGCCACACUGUUGGACAAUGGCCCAGUGAACAAGCUUAAGGUCGUCCGAGAAGAUGGCUCGGAAGUAGGAUUCACCGGCGUGCUGUUCAACUACGACACAGCUUCGCUACCGGCUGAAGUCUUCCUCGCUCUCAGCCCAGGCGAGUCAAAAGACUCCCUGGUUGACGUUGCCUCCCUGUACGACAUCCAGGGCGGCACCUACACCAUCUCUGCCAGCGACGUCAUCGAGUACGCUUUCAUGAACUCGACAUCGAUCGAAGGUGUCAUCCCGUACGCCUCGAACGAACUCACGGUCGAGAUCACCGAGGACGAAAUCUCCAAGCACAGCCCAGCUAUCAAGCCCAUGGCUCUCGACAAGCGCACGCAGGUGUCUUCAUGCUCUGGGGCGCAAGGUCGAGCACUGCGUGCCGCAAUCGACUAUACGGUCGGCCUGGCUAGCAAUGCUGCCACCGCUGCCAGUUCUGGUUCCACUCAGAAGUUCCAGGAGUACUUCAGGACCACAUCAGCCAAUGGUCGAUCAACUGUGGCGAAUCGCUUCGAGGCCAUCGCUCAAGAGGCCAGUUCCCAGACUUCUGGCGCUUCUGCUUACCACUGCACUGAUGUCCUGGAUGCAUGCAGUCCAGGUGUCAUUGCCUAUACUUCGCCAGCCCAGAACAUCAUCGCCAAUUGCGACAUUUUCUACCAGCUGCCUGCUGUCAGCCGUGGCUGCGGCGAUCAGUCACAGGCGGCAACAGUGCUCCACGAGUUCACGCACGCUCCGGGCAUCUUCCCUCCUGGGACACAGGAUUUUGCCUACGGAUACUCUGCCAGCACGAGAUUGAGUGCUCAACAGGCUAUCAACAAUGCCGACAACUACGCGUUGUAUGCUGAUGCGAUUGACAACAAUUGCUAA